AGCAAGGCGCCGCGGAAGGACGUCACGAGGCGACGCUGAAGGCUGUUGCGAGAGCCCGCGCUGUGCGGCACCCUGCGGGCCGCGCGGUGGGCCGGCUCUUCCCCCCGGGGCGCUGGUUUGUCUGUGUGCGUGAACUGGCGUCGGGGCUGUGCUGUCGGGACCUCGUCGCCACCCCCUUCCCGCUGACCUCUCCCCGCUAGGCCUUCAGACUGGACUUCCGCGGGAGGCAGUGUCCAGGCGGACGUGUGUGAGGGAGGAGUGGGGCGGCAGCACCUGGGCUGGCUGCGCACAAGUUUGCUUAGGUUCAGGGCCGCCGACAGGUCUCGGCCGUUUAUCAGUGGUGCCUGGUGGAUGGAGUGGUGCACAGGCUGCCCUGGAGCCCUGUGCUUUCUUCGGUCUGCUGCCUUAGACCUUCUGCUCCUUUCGCAUGGAAAUGUCUACCUCGUCUUGCUGGCGUGGUUUUGGAAAGCAAUUGAAAAAAAUCUGUUGGAGGCUAUAAAGUGCAUUGCUGUUAACGUAGUCGCAUAAUCUAAAUUAAAAAGCCGAUGGAUACGGGAAAAUAAGCUUUUAGAUUAUUUAUCAAUCUUUAAAAUGGUAAGUCACCAUUUAGGAAAGUCACCAAGACCUCUGAUGACUAAGUAUCAGCCUCUACAGAUGUAAAUAAAAUAGCAGCUGUCCUAAAACUGAAUGAUCCUGUUACACAUAUAAUCUGUUUAUCAGAUUUUGCUUGUUCUUUUUUUUUUCCUUAUAUGGUCCCAGUGUUUGGGCAUCCAGUAAGUAUAGUACUCUCUGUUGGAGCGAAUGUAUUUAUGAUUCAGUUAAUGAAAAUAAAAACUUAAGACAACAAGAAUAGAUGUUGCCUUAAUUCUCUGUAGCAUCCAGUGGGAAACUAGCAAUUAAAAAAUCUUAAUUGUGGAGUUCCCGUUGUAGCUCAGGGGUAAUGAACCAGACAGUAUCCAUGAGGACAUGGUUCUGAUGCCUGGCCUGGCUCAGUGGGUUAAGGAUCCAGCGUUGCCCCUGAGCUGUGGUGAAGGUCAGAGACGCUGCUGGGAUCCUGCUUUGCUGUGGCUGUGGUGUCCCCUAGGUUGGGAACUUCCAUAUGACACAGAUAGAGUUUUCUGCUGCCAGUGAUGUUCAGAUAAACUUCAGUGAAACGACUCUUCAGGAAUUGGUGCAUCAGGCUGCCUCCAUUUAUUCUGAUAAAACAGCUGUGUGUUUUGAUGAAUGUAACAACCAGCCUCCAGUUUAUUACACCUACAAGACUGUGGUUCAUGCUGCUUCAGAACUAUCAAGUUUCCUGCUGUUACACUGUGACUUUCAAGGAAUUCGGGAAGUUGGUCUCUACUGCCAUCCUGGGAUAAACCUACCCUCUUGGAUUUUAGGAAUUCUCCAAGUCCCUGCUGCUUAUACUCCUAUUGAUCCAGAUUCACCACCAGCAUUAUCAGUUUAUUUUAUGAAAAAAUGUAAUCUGAAGUAUAUCCUUGUCGAAAAACAGCAGAUUAAUAAAUUCAAAUCUUCCUAUGAAACGAUAUUGAACUAUGAUACAUUUACAGUUGAACAUAAUGACCUAAUACUCUUCGAACUUCACUGGAACAAUGUUGAGGUGAGCUUGAUGCUAAAUGAUAGCAAAGAGAAAUAUGAAAAAGAAAAAAUGACAGAGAACAUGAAUUCUGAGAAGAGCUGUGAAGACAAGUCAGGAGAGCGCCUGGAUGUGCAGCUGGAGAACUGCUUGGCCUAUGUUCUCCACACAUCAGGCACCACAGGGGUACCCAAGCUUGUCAGAGUCCCUCAUGCAUGCAUAGUGCCAAACAUCCAGCAUUUCCGGGUACUUUUUGAAAUCACACACGAAGAUGUUUUGUUUCUGGCCUCACCUCUGACCUUUGAUCCUUCUGUUGUGGAAAUAUUUGUUGCUCUAUCAAGUGGUGCCUCUCUGCUUAUUGUACCAACUUCUGUCAAAGUGCUCCCAUCCAAAUUAGCUGAUGUUCUCUUUUCCCAUCACAGAGUGACUGUUCUGCAGGCAACCCCGACAUUACUUAGAAGAUUUGGAUCUCAGCUUAUCAAGUCCACUGUUUUAUCAAGCAGUACUCCUCUUCGAGUAUUGGCCCUUGGUGGCGAAGCAUUUCCAUCAUUACCUGUUCUCAGAAGCUGGAGAGGAGUAGGCAAUAAAACACAAAUAUUUAAUAUUUAUGGUAUAACAGAAGUAUCAAGUUGGGCGACUUUUUAUAGGAUUCCAGAGAAAAUUCUUAACUCGAAAGAUGCAUUGCCUGUGCCACUGGGCUCUCCGUUGCUUGAGACAGCAGUCGAAGUCAGAGGCACUGAUGGAUUCGCAAUUCAGGAAGGCAGCGGCCAAGUAUUUUUAGGUGGCAGAAAUAGAGUGUGUUUUCUCGAUGAUGAGAUGACAGUGCCACUUGGCACAAUGCGGGCCACAGGAGACUUUGUGACGCUGAAAGACGGAGAAAUGUUCUUCUUAGGACGGAAGGACAGUCAGAUCAAGCGCCAUGGCAGACGUCUUAACACUGAACUCGUGCGACAGGUUGCCGAAGGGCUUCAGCAAGUGGAGUCUUGUGCCGUUACAUGGUAUAACCAGGAAAAAUUAAUUCUCUUUGUGGUGUCCAAAGAUGAUUUAGUAAAGGAUGACAUCUUUAAAGAGCUGCAGAAACACCUCCCAAAUCAUGCAGUCCCUGAUGAGCUUGUGGAGAUUGAUUCGCUGCCAUUUACAUCUCAUGGCAAAAUUGAUGUUUCUGAGUUAAAUAAGGUUUAUUUAAACUACACAAACUUGAAGUCUGGAUGUAAACUCAAUGGAAAAGAGGAACUUUGGGAAAAAUUACAGCAUUCGUGGAAGUCUGUUCUGGGUCUCUCAGAAGACUCUUCGAAGGUUCCUGAUGAGUCCCUCUUCCUAAACAGUGGUGGAGACUCCUUGAAGUCCAUGCGGCUUCUCAACGAGAUUGAAAACCUUGUUGGCACAUCCAUACCUGGGCUUCUGGAACUUAUUCUUAGCACUUCUAUUUUAGAGAUUUAUAAUCACAUCCUUCAAGCGGUGUUUCCAGAUGAAGAUCUGACAUUUGGCAAGAAUUAUGCCCCAAAAAGAAAAUUCAGCGAUGUUGUUAAUCAAGAGGAAACCGGUGGAAAAUCUUUACAUCCGGAAUCUGUUGUGUCUUUAAAUUGUGACAAGAAGAUAAAUGCUUUUAUCGCCCUGAGCAGAGGGAGUCAGAUUUUGUCUCUGAAUACUACUAGAUUUUUAACUGAGCUGGGACAUUGCCCUUCAGCCUGUUCUUCUGAUUUAAUUUCACAGACUAACAUUCAAAAUAUGAAAAGCUUAAAUCCUCCAGCUCUUACUGGGAAGUCAAAAGAUCUGUCCUGUGUUGUUGCAAAAGUUUCUGAAGACAAGACACCUGUGACAGGGGCUGAAGACAUGGAGCUGUGUGUGAAGUGGAGCUCAGACACAGGCAAAUGUGUGGAUGCCUCACCUCUGGUUGUAAUUCCAGCUGCGGAUGCAUCAUUGGCAACUGUGUACAUUGGCUCCCAUUCUCGUAAAAUGGUGGCACUUAAUCUUUACUCUGGGAAGGUGAAAUGGGAACAGAUUUUGGGAGAUCGAAUUGAAUCCUCGGCAUGUGUAUCCAAGUGUGGAAACUUCAUUGUAGUGGGCUGUUACAAUGGCUUAGUUUAUGUUCUAAAAAGUGACAGUGGAGAAAAAUACUGGAUGUUUACUACUGAGGACGCUGUGAAGAGCUCAGCAACCAUGGAUCCAACCACAGGACUUUUUUACAUUGGAUCUCAUGACCAGCAUGCAUAUGCUUUGGAUAUUUAUAAAAAGAAGUGUGUUUGGAAGUUGAAAUGCAAAGGAACUGUUUUUUCUUCUCCUUGUUUGAGCCUCAUUCCACAUCAUUUGUAUUUUGCUACACUGGGAGGACUUUUACUGGCUAUAAAUCCUGCCACUGGGAACAGAGUCUGGAAGCAUCACUGUGGAAAGCCACUCUUCUCUUCUCCACGGUGCUGCCUACAAUAUGUUUGCAUUGGCUGUGUAGACGGGAAUUUACUUUGCUUUACGCACUUUGGAGAACAGGUUUGGCAGUUCUCUACCAGUGAACCGAUCUUUUCAUCUCCAUGUACCUCAGCAUCAGAGCAAGAAAUAUUUUUUGGUUCCCAUGAUUGCUUUAUCUACUGCUGUAACAUGAAAGGUCAACUCCGAUGGAAAUUUCAAACUACUUCAACGGUGUAUUCAACACCAUUUGCCUUCCGUAACCACACGUGCAGCAGUGAAGCAUGGCUGGCAGCAGCAUCUACUGAUGGGAAAUUGUGGAUCUUGGAAUCUGAGAGUGGAAACUUGCAAAGAGUGUAUCAACUUCCUGGAGAAGUCUUCUCUUCUCCUGUGGUCUGGGAGUCAAUGCUUGUUAUUGGAUGUAGAAAUAAUUAUGUUUAUUGUCUGGAUUUAUUGCAUGGCAAUCAAAAGUAAUGAAGUACAUUCCUUACUAGAAUAUAUCUGUGAGAUAUUGAAAAGAUUUUGCAUUUUAGAGCAUGUGGAUAAUUUUAUGUUAAAGAUUAUAUUUUGCUUAAGAAACUUGUCUAUUUAUUGGGAAAACAACCAUAUUUUACUUCCUUUAGGAGCAAAAAAAUGCUCUUAAAAGAAAUUACUGAACAAAACACAUCAAUAUAUUAAGUAACACUUUAAUUAGGCCACAGAUGUUCUACUUUAGGUUUUUUGGGUUUUUUAAAUUUUUUUUUUUGCUUGUUUUAAGGCUGUACCUUCAGCAUAAGGAGGUUCCCAGGCUAGGAGUUGAAUCAGAACUACAGCUGCCUGUCUACACCACAGCCACAUCAACACCAGGUCCGAGCUGUGUCUGCAGCCUACACUACAGCUCAUGGCAACACUGGAUCCUGAACACCCUGAGUGAGGCUAGGGAUUGAACCCUUGUCCUCAAGGAUACUAGUCGGGUUCGUUACCACCGAGCCAUGAUGGGAACUCCCCUACUUUGGUUUUUUUAUAGAAUACCUCUGAAAAUAAAGGUCAAUAUACAUGGUCGGUUAAAAACUUUGUGAUAUCAUACACCAGCCACUCAUUUACUGAGAUUCAUAACAAAAAGUUCUCAAAGAUAGGAUCUGUUUACAAAUCAGGGUCCAUAAUUUAAUAUUUUAAAAAGAACGAAGUACCAGUGUAGAAUAAUAUAUACACACGAUAUAGUUUCAAGUUGACAUACCUACUUUUCUCAAUUUUUGAUACAUGAACUUCAAUGGUGAACAUUUUUGCACCUGUAUUUUCAAUUUUUAAAAUUUUGCUGUUUUAACAACUUUUUUGUUGUUUGGUGACUUGAAGGUAGGGAACACAGCAGAAACCAAGAACGAAGAAAUCAAGUAUCAUGAUUUCUCACAAGGCUUAAUGCUGCUUUUCCAGUCCCAUUGCACUUGGGUCCUGUCUCCACUUGCCUGGUGGGUGAGUUGCCCUCGGUGAGCUGUUCCUCUGGAAGCCACACUCUUUAUGCAGCCCCUUCUCUUACAUGGCAUGGCCGUGGGCUUGGCCUCGGAUUUGCUUUAACCAACAGAGUGCAGGGAUGCUGACACUGUGCCACUUCUGAGCCCAAACCUUAAGAAGGCCUGGCGGCUUCUCCUUUUAUAGCUUUGGAUGCCCUGAGCUGCCAGCCUGGUUAUCUGCUGGAGGAGCCCUGUGGAGUUAUGACUCCACAGAGAAGAACCAAAGGGCCAGUGAACAGUGACAGCCAGGGGUGUGGCCCCAGAAUUCCAACCAGUCCCAGCUGUAUGUACCCUGUCGCUGACCUUGCCCCUUGCUCUGCAGUCAGCUGUGGUAUUGCUUCAUGUGUCCCUUUGUUUGUCAGUAGAGUCUCAAGUAUCAAACAAGCCAGAAUUCCUGGUUGCAAGCCAUAGAAGCCAAUUUGGGCUAUUUUAAAUAGAUAAUUUAUUUUUAUUUUUUAUUGAAGUAUAGUGGAUGUACAGUAUUACAUAAUACAAAAUAGUAAUUCACACUUUUUAUUUAUUAAAUGAUUUUUAUUUUUUCCAUCAUGGUUUACAGUAUUCUGUCAAUUUUCUCCUGUACAGCAAGAUGACCCAGUUAUACAUAUCAAUGUAUACAUUCUUUUUCUCACAUUAUCCUCCACCAUGCUCCAUCAUAAGUGAUUAGAUAAUAGUUCCCUGUGCUGUACGGCAGGAUCUCGUUGCUCAUCCAUUCUAAAUGCAAUAGUUUGCAUCUAUUAAGCCCAAAUUCCCAGUCCAUUCCACUCCCUCCCCCUCCUCCUUGGCAACCACAAGUCUGUUCUCCAUGUCCACAAUUUCCUUUGCUAUGGAAAGUUUGAUUUGUGCAUUAUACUAGAUUCCAGAUAUAAGUGACAUCAUAUGGUACUUGUCUUUCUUUUUCUGACUUAUUUCACUUAGUAUGAGUCUCUAGUUCCAUCCAUGUUGCCACAAAUGGCAUUAUUUUGUUAAGUAAUUCACACUUUUUAAAGGCUAUACUUUUUAAAGGCAUUUAUUAUUAUUAUUAUAAAAUAUUGCUUAUAUUCCCCUCAUAGCUUAUAUAUUUGUUAAUUUUUUUUUCCCUUUUAGAGCCAUACCAAGGCACAUGGAGGUUUCCAGGCUAGGGGUAGAAUCAGAGCUGCAGCCGCCGGCCUACAACAGAGCCACAGCAACACUAGUUCCUGAACCCCCUUAGCGAGGCCAGGGAUCGAACUGGCAUCCUCAAGGAUGCUAGUCAGGUUUGUUAACUGAUGAGCCAUGAUGGGAACUCCCAUUUUUAGUUUAUUUUUAUAUAUGGUGUUAGAAAACAGUCUAAUUUCAUUUUUUUACAUGUAGGUGUUCAGUUUUCCCAGCACCAUUUAUUGAAGAGACUGUCUUUUCUCCAUUGUAUGUUCUUGCCUCCUUUGUUAUAGGUUAAUUGACUGUAGUUGCAUGGGUUUAAUUCUGGGCUCUCUGUUCUGCUCCAUUGCUCUGUGUAUCUGUUUUUGUGCCAGUACUGUACUGCUUUGAUGACUGUAAGUUUGGAGUAUAGUUUGAAGCCAGGGAUUGUGAUUCUCCCAGAUAUGCUCUUUCUCAAGGUUGCUUUGAUUAUUCAGGGUCUUUUGUGUUUCCAUACAAAACUUUUUAAAAUUUAAAUUAUUGGCUAUACUUAACAGCAUGCAGAAGUUCCCAGGCCAAGGACUGAACCCAUGCCACAGCUGUAACCACAGCCAUAGCAGUGACAACAGCUGGAUCCUUAACCCACUGAGCCAUGAGGGAACUCCUAAAUUUUAAAAUUAUCUGGGAAGGAUACCUUUGGUACUUUGAUAGAAAUUGCACUGAAUCUGUAUUUCUUUGGUAGUAUGGUCAUUUUACCAUUAAUUCUCCCCGUCUAUAAAUACAGUAUGUCUUCCUAUUUGUUUGUGUCCUCUUCAGUUUCUUUCAUGAGUGCCUUUUUUUCUUUUUGGCUGUGCCCAUGGCAUAUAGAAGUUCCUGGGCCAGGGACUGAACCCGCGCCACAACUGAACCAAGCUGCUGCUGUAGUGACAAUGUGGGAUUCUUAACCACAACAGAACUCAUCAGUGCCUUAUAGCUUUCCCAAUACAUAUAUUUACCUCCUUAGGGAAGUUUAUUACUAGGUAUUUUAUUCCUUUUGAUGUGAUGGUAAAUAGGAUUGUUUACUUAAUUUCUCUCUCUUUUUAUAGUUGCACCUGCAGCAUAUGGAAGUUCCCAGACCAGGGAGUGAAUCUGAGCCACAGCUGUAACCUACACUGUUGCUGCAGCAAUGCCAGAUCGACUGUGUCUGGCUAAGAAUUUUAACCUGCACUUCCACAAUGACCUGAGCCACUGCAGGUGGAUUCUUAACCCACUGCACCAUAGAAGGAACUCCCUCAAUUUAUCUUACUGAUGGUUCAAGUGGAACAGAUUUCUGUAUAUAAAUUUUAGACCCUUCAACUUGACCAAAUUCAUUGAUGAAUUCUAGGGAUUUUUUUGGUGGCAUCUUUAGGAUUUUCUGUGUAUAGUAUCAUAUCUGCAAACAGUGACAGUUUUGCUUCUUCCUUUCCAAUUUGGAUUCCUUUUAUUUUCUUCCUGAUUGCUGUGGCUAGAACAUCCAAUACUAUCUUGAAUAUAAGUAGGGAGAGUGGGCAGCCUUGUCUUGUUCCACAUCUUAGAGGAAAUGCUUUCAGUUUUUCACCCUUGAGUAUGUUAGCUGUGGUUUUGUCAUAUAUAGCCUUUAUUAUGUUGAGGUACGUUCCUCCUAUGCCCACUUUCUGCUGUGCCCAUUUUCUGAAGAGUUUUUAUUUUUAAAUCAUAAAUGGAUGAUUUUUUUUUUUUUUUUUUUUUUUUUCCUUUUUAGGCCUCCAUCUGAGGCAUAUGGAAGUUCCCAGGCUAGGGGUCUAAUCGGAGCUGCAGCUGUUGGCCUACACCACAGCCAUAGCAAUGCAGGAUCUGAGCUGCAUCUGCAACCCACACUGUAGGUCAUGGUAACACCAGAUCCUUAACCCACCUACUGCGGCCAGAGAUCAAACCCAGGUCCUCAUGGAUACUAAUCAGGUUCAUUAACCACUGAGCCACAACAGGAACUCCUAGACGUCGAUUUUGGCAAAAGCUUUUUCUACAUCCAUUUUGUUACUUGUUUCGGGGUUGUUUAUUGUAGGUGUUUUUUGUUCUUUUUUCUUUUGUUCUCUUGUGAUUUGAUGACUAUAGAUUUUUGGCUGGUAGUUACCGUGAGUUUUUUAUUUAUUUAAUCUAUAUACAAAUAUACAUGAUUGUUUUAAAUUGCUGAUCUCUUAAUUUCAAACACAUUUUUAUAAUCCUGCAUUUGUACCCUCCUCCCCUCACAAUGAUUGUUCUUGACAUCAUAUUUUCCAAUUGUUUUGUGUAUCCCUUAAUUGCUUAUUGUGGAUAUAAAUGAUUUUACUGUUGUCUUUCAACUUUCCUACUAGCUUUGUGCAUGGAUGAUUUCCUAUCUUUAAUGUAUGUUUCCCUUUACCAAUGAGCUUUUUCAUUUUGUAAUUUUCAUUUUCCUAGUUUAUUUUUCAUUAAGAGAAGUUCCUUAAACAUUUCUUGUUUGGUGGUGCUGAACUGUUUUAGCUUUUGCUUGUCUGUAAAGAUUGUAAUCUUUGCAUCAACUCUGAACAAGAGACAUGCUUAGUAGAGUA